AUGACGGUGUACAAUGACCUGGCUGAACCUCUUGCCAUUCCUGGUUCGGAAGGGCGGUUGGAAUCUGCUGGGCCUGAGGAACAGCUGCAGCAACAUGAAGUAGUGGACGGAAAUGACCCGUUGCUGUCAGUCAGUCUCAAUUUGAGGCGGCACGCGAGUCCAAAGACAGACCCGCAUGGGCGGGUGCUGAUCCCUAAAAGGUAUUUGAAUUUUGCAGAUGAGUCUGCUCUAUUCAACUUCUACCAGAUCGACGAACCAUCUCCGCAGCAAGUUUCCCGUAGCACCUUUCGAAAGGCAUGGGGAAAAUGGUCGAGGAUCAUGGCUUUCAAAAACAAAGGUGAGAACAGCAAAUGCAACAUUUGCGCCAGGUUGACAGUUGAGCGAGCUGAAGCUGUUAAGCCAUCGGAAAGGCUACGUGUCGAUGCUGCAAAACGCCAACAUUUAGAUUGUGUUAUGGCUGAUCGAUCAGUGAGCGUGCGAUGCAACAAGCUGGCAUCCCGAGCAGAUGUCUGGCUGACCAAGCAGAAUCAUUCCAGCAUGUGCAAGCUGAUGCUGGAUGGAAUGGAUCAGUCGAAAUUUUCCAUACCCAGAAGGAAGGAUAUGAGUGGCACCUCUUCCUGGUCAAAGUGCUGGCGCCCGUCCAUCCAUGUGACCGGGUGCAUUUGCUUCGGUCAAUUCGAGUAUUACGCCAUCAUGAGACCUGACCAAGCCAAAGACAGCAACAUGAACGCAACCAUCACGUGCCGUGUACUCGAUCUGCUUCACACCAAACUGCAGAGUCAAGGCCCGGAAUACUCCUUUCCACCAGAGCUUGUAGUGAUGUGUGACAACACACCAAGAGAAGCCAAAAACGCAUUCUAUGCAUCAUAUUUAUCCACAUUGGUGGGUAAGCAGCUGUUCAAGCAAGUGGAGUGCCACUUUCUUCAAGUUAAUCAUACGCAUAAUGAACUCGAUCAACGCUUCAGCUCAAUGGCCAGCGUGAUAAAGGGAGCUGCCUGCUUGGAGGACAUUGCUGAUUUGGUCGAGUACUUGAAGGAUCACAUGAAAGCAGCUGUCAACAGAGAGAUUGUGAUCGAAGAGUUGACAAAUACUAUGGAUUUCAAGACUUGGCUGGGAGAUGCCAACCUACAUGUCCAAGGGCUGACAAGUACCCACUUGGAGCCGCACGCCAAUCAUGUUUGGAGAUUUACUCCCCGCACUGAAGUGGACCCGGCCCAUGGAGCUAUCGAGUGCCAUCACCCAGAUUGGCGUGGUCUUCCGGAGCAUCCACAAGAUGUGAUCUUGACAGUGAAGCACACCACUCUGUUGAUGCUCCUUCACCGGUGCAAGGCUCUUGGCUUGAAUGGUUCUUCGCCGGGACUGGCGCCGCUGUGGUCCUCUGUGACGAGGAUCUGGGUGCAUUGCAUGGAGUCUUCAAACAGAAUAGAUGAGGCUCUGACGAACAUGAAGCUCUCCAGCCGUGGAUCCCUGCGGAAAGCUAACAACUUGAUUCAGCUGGUCUUUAUGCUCCAGAACCUCAAGUCCCUCGGCCUAUCAGACAGCUCUGCCUUUGUGCAGCGUUGGAACAAGAUGUCCAGCAAGACAUUUCAAAUUGUCGGGAGAAAGGCGUCAGCUUUGAAGUUGCUUUUGGAGCAAACGCCUCAAAGUGUUCUCACUUUGAUCUUGGACCAUGUAAACAUGCAUGGUUGGGAAUCGUGCGUGUGGAGCGACGACAACCUCGGUAGCAAGAAGAUAUUUUCCGGCUUCCAGUUCAGCUGCUCCAAGAAGUCAUGGCUCCCCAGGCUCCGCACUACGGAUGAGUCCAUGAUGUUGAUGGUGAAAUUUUUGCAAGCUUGCCACGAGCAGAAGGCUAGCUACAUGCGAAAGAAACCCGAUACUCAAGCAGUUGAGGACGCUGCCGUGAAGGCAACCUUGUGUUGGCAUCUUGGCCAAGAACUGCUGCAACAAGUUCCCGUUGACCCCAACAAACUGCAGGCUGAAUGGUAUGACAAUUUCGGUUCCGGGGAAAACUCUGUGGAUGGCGAGCUGCAAGCUUUGCUCAUGGACAAAUCCGACACCUUCGACGUGAAGCGCGAUUGCCCCUCAUUGCGCAAGCUGGUGGAAGACCACAAAUUCUCGAAGCCAGUGGCCAUGGACACCGUGGAGGAAGUCUCUUUGCAGGUGGACAAAUUUGCUUUGAUCAUGAAACAGCUCAAGUACGAUGUUCAGGUCUACACCACAUGGACCCGCAAGGUCUCCAGUGUCAAAAGCGCUCAAGAGCAUCAGAGGCAUAUGUGGCUUUUGGAACGUCGCAAGAGAUGCCUGGCAGUGGCUGAUCAGUUUCUUUCCCGCAAUGUGAAGCUUCUGGUGUGGCAAAAGAAGGUGGAGCUCGCAAUCGCUGAGAUCAUGAAUGCAAAACGAGAUGUGACCCAAAAAUUGUCAGUGCCUGCGGAUGAGAUCUACACCUUGGUUUGGUGGAAUGUCACGUCUCCAUGCUUGAUCCCGGCACACAUCUACCAGCAAAGUGUCAGCCUUUUGGCCUGGGCCUUGAAUGACCAAAUGAAAAGCAUGGCCCUAGUGCUGAUGCCAACCUUCAGCUACAGCAAGGGCAAGCUGGUUCUUGAAGAAUCGCAGCUUCUCCAGAAAUUGUCAGCAGGCAAUCACAACAUCGAUUGGCAGUGGCACUUGCUCUUUUCUGAGCGCAGUGAUGCUCGGGACUUGCGACCUCUGGUGUACACUGGCCGCUUUGUGUUCCCCAGUCCUUUGGAAUUGCAGAAGAACCCAUGGUUUUCUUGUGACUUGAGGAAGACUCAGCGCACAGUGGAGCAGAAACAGCUGGCAGCAAAAGAAAUGCGCGAAGUGGAAUGCGUAGCGGAAGACAGCCUUCCCACCACCACUGACACCAGAGAUAUCCUCCAUGGAGCGCCGAAGUAUUGGCAAGUCGGCUCUACUGCCUGCAGCGCGGUGCUCACUUCAGCCUUCACAGGCGUGCAGCCGGAGCCAGGCGCAACAUUGGUCCUAGACCUCUAUCCGAGGAAUGGUGAUAUGUGUGAAGCAUUCUGCGACUUGAGAAGCCACAGAAACAAUGUGCAAUAUAUUGCCCUUUGA